AUGACCAUCACACUGCAGGACGUGGAGUAUCAGCUGGGACUCAUGAUCGACAGUGAUCAUGUGAGUGGGUGCAUGGGUAGUUGGAAGCAGCACCAUCAAGGACGGACCAUUGAGGACUUUUGUCAGCAGUUACUGGAUGUUGUGCCUGGCCUGGAGGACAGACAGUCACAGACGAAGUGGAUUGUCAAGCUGACGUGGUUCCUUAACACUGUCUGCGGAGAGCUAGAGCAGGACGCCACUAAGGUGCACUUCCUGAGGUACACAAGAGGCUACAUUAUGCAGCUGAUAGGGGCUAUUCUAUUCCGAGAUGCAUCUGACUCUCGGGUGCACAUCAGGUGGUUCCCCCUGCUGGAGGACCUUGAUGCAUGUGGUAGGUUGUCGUGGGGAUCGGCUGUAUUGGCUUGGAUGUACUGCCAGAUGUGCCGCGCCACAGAGCAUGGUGCGCGCAACCUAGGUGGUUGCGUUAGCCUGCUAUUGUCUUAG